ACGACGAACGCGGACCCUCGGUUAAUGAUCAGACUGUCUCAGUCGUUUCGCGAUCCCCGCGACGAACAUAAUAACAACGCGCCAACAGCAAAAUCACCGUGAACUCUCUGAAAUCGAAGCCAAUUUUUCCACAAACCGAUUCCUUUGAAAAAUUAACAAUCCGUUACAAACCAGGGUCAUAAAAGAUAAUUCGAAGCAUCCCGAAAUACGUAUCACAGCCGCAACACCGUGAACGGUGUUUCAAACGCUGCAAUAGAUAAUCGAUAAUCUUAACGAGUCGCUGAUAACCCGUUCGAGCGGUUGACGCGACUGUAAACUAAUUAAAAACAGAAAUAUACCUGUUCGAUUACGAUGAAUAAAAGCGACAGAAUCGAUAUACGGUAAAUUCAACGGCGUGCGGUGAUAAAGUGACGAUUGCGCGAUCCGAUAUCGUAGUAAUAAUUCGAACGGGAUCGAGAUCAAUGUUUUUCUGUUAAACGUUGAAAUCGAGGUGCUCGAUCCGAGAUCGAUAGAGAUCUGUGAUAAAUGGAGAGCAGGUGCUCGUGAACGGUGUACGUUAGUUUGAAAGACGUUCGCGGAUGUUGAACUCAUCCGUUUCUUUUGUUUCUUUAUUUGGAGAAGGGAGAAGUGCGAACGCGAAUACGCGAUUCUUUUCUGCUGGAGAGAAUCGCUCGAUGCGUUUAAUGAACGUGAUAACAAGCACGGCGUGUUAUUUUCACGACCUUUCAUUCGAGUGAAAUCGCUAAAAAAUGGAACUAUUAGUGCCGACAGUCUCGGACGUCGUCUUCAAAUAUACUUGGCCAAUUCCACAUUACAAGAAAUACAUCUCAAAGAAAAGCUUAAUCGAUAGCCCGUCGUUCGACGUGAACGUGAACAAUAUUCAUAGCGUAUGGAAUCUAUCUAUCAGAUUUUGGAAGGACCCUGACGGCAAAAGAGUUAUAAACCCCGUGGUACUGUGUCUGAACAUGUUGCACUGCACGGUAGACGAGGCGGAACAAGCGAAGAUACGAUUUCAAUUUGCAGUUUUCAAUGCUGACGUUAAACACUGGGAGUAUUGUCACGUAAGCAGAACAAUACUCGAACUGAAAUCAUGCACAGAUAUUAUUUCCUUGGGGUACAAAGACUUGUCAGUAGUCGAUAGGCAUUUAAACAAGAAUGGCGAGGUUCUGUUAAUGGUCAAGAUACAAAUAGUCCAGUGUGAAAACGAAAAGCACAAUUUAUCGCAGGAUAUGGCCAGGUUACUGAAGCAUCCAUCUGGUGCGGAUACUAAAUUAACUUGCGGUGGUUUAACCAAUACAGAAAUUCCAGUUCAUAGCAGUAUAUUAGCCGCGCGUAGUAAUGUUCUACGUGAAAUGAUCUCACCUUUGAAUGAAACGUCGAAAAAAGACUCAAAGACAGAUACCGCAGAAGAUAAUGCGUCGGAUACGCGAGACUCGCAGGAAGAAAAGAAUCACUACUCGUUUUCUCUGGACUUGUUAGAUCUUACUAAAGAAGUGACGGAAGAAUUGUUACGAUACAUAUAUAGCGACCAUGUCGAUAAUUUGGAUGCUUUAGCUCCCCAACUUCUAUCUCUGUCAGAACGUUUCUGUUUACAAGGACUGAAGGAGCUUUGCGAGAGGAAUCUAAUUGAAACAAUAACUCCAGAAAAUAUAGCAAGCAGACUUUUAGUUGCAGACGAGUUUGGCUGUUUAUCGCUUAAAAGAGCAAGUUUGGCAUACUGCGAAGAAAACAUAACUGUACUCAACAAAAGUUUAGCAUGGAAAAUGAUGGAACAUGUAAAUCCACAAUUAUUCAAUGAAGUUUGCGAAGCUAAUAUUGGUAGUUCAAGAUCAAGCAACAUGGAUGACAGUGAAUUAAGCAAUUAAUGUCUUCUUUUCCUACGAACCGAUAUUAAUAAUUUUAUAUUUUUCAAAGAAAAAACCUGUAUGUAAUAACUUUACCGACAGUUUCGUUGAUUCCAAAAUCUAAUUUUAAAUGUUAUAUUUUAUUCCAAAUGUUAACAUAAUAAAAAGAAAAGGAAUGACUUAC